GUGGUGACGGCUCUGGGCCGCGCCGUGCAGGAGCAGGGUCACGACGUCAGUGUGAUGCUGCCCAAGUACGACUGCAUCAACUACGACCUGUACGACUGCAUCAACUACGACCUGGUGGAGGACCUGGUUCAGGAGGGCAGCUUCACGUGGGGCGGCACGGCGGUGCGCGUGUGGCGCGGCGGCGUGGAGGGGCUGGACACCGUGUUCCUGGAGCCGGAGAACGGCAUGUUCUGGGUGGGGUGCAUCUACGGCAAGAACAACGACGCGCAGAGGUUUGCCUUCUUCUGCGGCGCGGCGCUGCAGUACCUCAAGAACCAGGCUGCGCCGGGCGGCCGCGGCGCCGCCGACAUCAUCCACUGCCACGACUGGCAGUCGGCACCAGUGGCGUACGGCGACCGCGGCGGCGCCAAGACCGUGUUCACCAUCCACAACCUCAGCUACGGCGCCGACCUCAUUGGCCGCGCCAUGCAGGCGUGCCAGGUGGCCACCACCGUGUCGCCCACCUACGCGCGAGAGAUCGCGGGCCACCCCUCCGUGGCCGCGCACCUCAACAAGCUGUACGGCGUGCUCAACGGCAUCGACCAGGACAUCUGGGACCCCAGCGAGGACCCCUGCCUGCCCCUGCACUUCAGCGCCGACAACGUCGCCGCGGGCAAGGAGGCGGCGCGGCGGGCUCUGCGCCAGAAGCUGGGGCUGGUGGCGGCGGAUGUGCCCAUCGUGGGCUGCGUGACCCGGCUGGUGGCGCAGAAGGGUAUCCACCUGAUCAAGCACGCCGCCUGGCGCACACUGGAGCGCGGCGGCCAGUUCGUACUGCUGGGCAGUGCGCCCGACGGCCGCGUGCAGGGCGAGUUCAACGCGCUUCGUGAGCAGCUGUCUCGCGCCUACCCCGACCGGGCGGCACUGGUGUUCACCUACGACGAGCCGCUGAGCCACCUCAUCUACGCCGGUAGCGACAUGUUCCUGGUGCCGUCCAUGUUCGAGCCCUGCGGCCUCACGCAGAUGAUCGCCAUGCGCUACGGCACCAUCCCGGUGGUCCGCAAGACCGGUGGUCUGGUGGACACUGUGUACGACGUGGACCAUGACGAGGACCGCGCGCGGCUCAAGGGCAUGGACACCAACGGCUUCAGUUUCGAGGGCACGGACUUUGCCGGCAUGGACUACGCGCUCAACCGCGCCCUGAGUGUGUGGUACUCGGACAAGGCGCUGUGGCACAGCCUGCGCAAACGCGCCAUGACGCAGGACUGGAGCUGGAACAGCCCGGCACUGGACUACGUGGAGCUGUACUACAAGGCCCUCAAGUCGUAAACCGCCCUACACAGCUGCCGUACAGUACAACUGCCGUACACUGCAACUGCCGUACAGUACAGCUGUUGUACAGUCGCAGCGGCAACAAGGGUUGGGGCGGCGGGGCGGCGGCGGCGGCGGCGGCUGUGCAUGGUGGAAGCGGCGGACUGUGCGCUGGUCUGGACCGGUGGUGGUGGUCAGACAGAGGCAGGACGAAAGGGCGGCGAGGGCCAUGGAAAAUUUGGCGAUCCGUGUUCUUUACCCCGUGCGUGGGCGGCCGUGCACAUGCACAUGCAAGAGUGCACAUGCAAAAGUGCCGGACCGCAUGUGAGGUGGGGGCAUGCAUGGGUUACGUGCAUUGGAAUAACAUGUAUGGUGUGCCGCAAUCGGCGCACCGUAUGGUAAGCAGCAGCACAAACAAAGAGCUGCCGGCUGCAGGAAGAAGAGAAGAAUUACGCAAGUGUUGAAACAGCAUCGGCAACAUGCCAGUCGGUGGAUUACGGUUUACGAGUGUGCGUGUAGAUCUCUUGUGUCGGGUGUGUGUGGAGAGCCGUGCUCAAUGCAAGGCUGCUCUUGGGCCCCCAGACAAAUCCUAAGGUGCUAGACCGUGGGCGUGUAUGUGCGUGUGUGUUUUGCGCGUGUGUGCGUAUUUGCUUUUGCGUAGGCCCAUAAUGUUUGCGUCUUUUUGUGGUUUCUUGUGGGCGUGGUUGGAGGUGCGACAGGGUUGCUCAAGCCGUGUUGCGGGAUGCGGAACACGGAGAGGGGGGGGCUAUGUGCCCGGGCCCAAUCUAAAGAGUCCCAUCAUCAUCAGGAAGCCUGGGGGCGGGGUCGAACAAGGCGAUGCGGAAAGACAGCGGCCGUCGAGGCGUGCGCCCCGGCGGCCGCGGUGGCGAGAUCAAUGUAGGACAGAGCUAUGGAUGCUGCCGACAUGUGUCGCGAGGAAGCAAGGCAACGGGAAGUAAGGAUGGACUCCUUGGGACCUUUCGAUUGGUGCUACAUGGCGAGUGGCCGAGUUGUGACAUGGCCAAGGAGCGACAGAAUAGGAAGUACUGCAGCAAGUGCGCCUACUGGAAAUGUUAGGAGUUAGAACUGCAGUAUGGAAUCAGAUGAUAUGGAUGCUGUUGAAGAGUGGCGACAGGGGCAAAGAGGGAAAGGAGGGCAAGGAGGGGUCAGGGCGCAGAAUUGCUACAUGCGGAGUGGGGGUGCACGAGGGGGUAUGGCGGAAGAGCAUUCGCGGGAUGGAUAAGUGGAUUGCGCCCCGGUGGGGGUCGUGGGGUCGUGGUGGUAAGGAGAUCCCGGGCAAGCACCAAGUGCCGACCUAAAUCGACACGCGCGCGCGGUGUUUACCUGGUGUGCAACUCCGACCAAGCGCGUGAUAAGAGAUACUAAUGCGGUUUGCGCCAGUGUUUGAGUUUGGUGCACGAAGCGCGUGAAAGAGGGUCAUAUCGGUCAUAUGUGUAUGCCGCCAGGAAGAGCGGCUGUGCGGGCGGUGCGGGCGGUGUGCAUGCAAUUGAUGCAACGUGGGGUGAACAACUGAUCUGGUGGGCGUGGCGACGUUAGCGCUGGCGUCUAGCUGGACCUGUGCAAUAAGAACGCGGCAGCGGCGGCGGCGGCGGCGGCGGCGGCGGCGCUGGGCCUACUGGUACUGCGGCACCGGCGGCACAGGGCGCGGGGCGCGAGGCAGUAGUGCGCUUCCACCCCACCUGGUUCCCCGGCCCCACUGUAAACUACUGCGUCUUCGAACUCCGAAGGGGGACGGCUUUGGGGCAAGGCCAAUGCGCAGGAGGGCCUGGUUGAGACUGUGCGUGUGACCAGAUUGUGCGCGGAAGCAGGAUGUAACGAGCAUGCCCUUUUGGAACUAGGUUCCUUACACAGGAGCCCAGGGACCCGGCCGAAUGGAUAUAUGGGUGCAGCGGGUCCACUUGGAUGACUGAGUAGUGAGUACUUGUGUACUGCUAAGUUGCUAACUCGUGAAUCGAAUUGGCGAU